CCAAGGGUGCUCGUCUGGACUACAUGUAAGGCACACUGUCAACUGGGUAGAGAUAUCAAUACUUCGUUAACUUGCAAUAUGGAUUUCUAAACAUUUUAAUUCCUGGCGAGGUUCGAACCUACAACCUCUGCGGGAAGUCAGCAACGAAUGUCCCUUUUACCGUAUAUAAUAAUUAAUUGUUUAUAAAUAUAAUAGACGUAUUUCAGAAUGUUAUCGGAAUUUGAUUCGAUUAAAGACGGUAAUGAUUCUAUCCCAGAACUAUUGCACAGUCAGGUUGUUCUAGCAGUAGAUGUUUACAAAGACUGUUUUCAAAGGUAUACUAUCAGAAGAUGUGCGUAUAAUGAGAAGAAUCUCUCAAGCAAAGAUGUGUCAUUUGCUGAAAGCGUCCGUGGUGGAUUCUAUCCUUUUGUGAUAAGAGAAGUUUUUGAUAAAGAGAAUGUGCUAGCUUUGGUGUUGUAUGAUAAAAGCUACAAUAUGGUUGCUAAAAUGAAAAGGUUACUGAACUUUUUAAGUUUAGGAAGUCCGACCAUGGAUACAAUGAAUGGCAUACUGCAGGAUGAGGCAAAUCAGGGAACAAAAAAAUGACAUAUUAUGCUUAAAGAGACGGAACAAAUUUUACAAGAUUUUUUUAAACCACUAAAUAAAGAAAUGGCAAAAUUUACAGUCAUAUUUAUAACAAUUGUUUUAUACUUCCAUUUAACACAGUAAGCAAGUACAGGAUGGUUCAAAUACUUUUCUCCAACAUAUGUUUGCUUCUAACGUUAAAGAUCUAUACUUACGUAGCGUAACUAUUGUAUGUACAAAAUAGGUGUACGUAUGGUGACAAAUGUUCGAAGUGAAACAUAUUUUACAAAAAUCAGCGUGAAAAGAAUUUAAUAAGUGUAAAGAAACAAAAUCAUAAUCUUAAUCCAAGGCUGCUUUAGUCAGUCACUCAGCAUGCAAGUCUGGGGGCUGACGUUAUUCUGUGUAUGGAUUUUUCUUGUUUUCUUGAUAAUAAGAAUUUCAAGUAAUGCAGGUUUCCUGAAUAGAAACUUAAAAGGUUUAGGUUCAUGGUUAAUCUACAUGGACUUGUUUUUGUAACAAAAAGGCAAAUCUGACAUUGCGCUUGGGUUUGACAGUUUAAUAUCCUUAAAAUAUGCAAAACAUUACAUUUAUUGGAAUAAAACGUUGAAUACUGGAGUUCGUUGUAGUUUGGAAUUUCUGUUGCAAAUGAGAUACAAAAGCAUUUAACAAUAACUUAGAUAAGGAACCUUUUUUUCAUUUUCCUUGUUAUGCCUUACUCCUGAUGAAACUUGUUUGCCUUAGAAUCUUGACAUUAUUAAGAAACAUAACUGUGUUAGUCAUAUUGGUGUACCAUCGAUUAAACCAGUAGAUUUACCUCUCUCUAAACAUAAACUUUUAAUAUCUGGAUUCAAAAACAAUUAA